AGCGGGCUGGGCGGCGCGCCGGGGCAGCCCCAGCCGUGCGCCGCGUCGCUGUAAUCGGACACCCGAGCGCUCGCCCCCUGCGCCCGGCCACUUUUCCAUUCACUCCGAGGUGCUUGAUUGAGCGACGCGGAGAAGGGCUCCGGGUGCCACGGCACUACAGGGUUGAGGAUUCCUGUACAAAGAAACUCAGAGGACCUGGAAAAAAAAAAAAAAGAAAAAGAAUAUCACGUUGGGACGCUCUAGAAAUUAAGGUCUUCUGAGAAAAGGACUGGAGAGACUGGCGGAUCCAUUCCGGUUGUAAAUUGGUGACCGUUCCGUGCUGAGCUCUUCCAACCUCGGUAUUUUCCCUUGGAUAUUAACUUGCAAAUCUGAAGAAAUGGCAUUCCAGGCAAUUUGCAUGUUGGUUGGAGUAUUUGUUUGUUCUAUCUGUGUAAAAGGAUCUUCCCAGCCCCAAGCAAGAGUUUAUUUAACAUUUGAUGAACUCCGGGACACCAAGACCUCUGAGUACUUCAGCCUGUCCCUCCACCCUUUAGACUACAGGAUACUUCUAAUGGAUGAAGAUCAGGAUCGGAUCUAUGUGGGCAGCAAAGACCACAUUCUCUCCUUGAAUAUUAACAAUAUAAGUCAAGAACCCUUGAGUGUUUUCUGGCCAGCAUCUGCAAUCAAAGUUGAAGAGUGCAAAAUGGCUGGCAAAGAUCCUACACAUGGCUGUGGGAACUUUGUCCGUGUAAUUCAGACUUUCAACCGCACUCAUCUGUAUGUCUGUGGCAGUGGCGCUUUCAGCCCAGUUUGCACUUACCUGAACAGAGGGAGGAGGUCAGAGGACCAAGUUUUCAUGAUUGACUCCAAGUGUGAAUCUGGAAAAGGACGAUGCUCUUUCAACCCCAAUGUGAACACUGUAUCUGUUAUGAUCAAUGAGGAGCUUUUCUCAGGAAUGUAUAUAGAUUUCAUGGGGACAGAUGCUGCUAUUUUUCGAAGUUUAACCAAGAGGAAUGCAGUCAGAACAGAUCAACACAAUUCCAAAUGGCUGAGUGAACCGAUGUUUGUGGAUGCACAUGUCAUUCCUGAUGGAACUGAUCCAAAUGAUGCUAAGGUGUACUUCUUCUUCAAAGAAAAGCUGACUGACAAUAACAGGAGCACAAAACAGAUUCAUUCCAUGAUUGCUAGAAUUUGUCCUAAUGACACUGGUGGGCUGCGUAGCCUUGUCAACAAGUGGACCACCUUCUUAAAAGCGCGGCUGGUAUGUUCAGUCACAGAUGAAGAUGGCCCAGAAACACACUUCGAUGAAUUAGAGGAUGUGUUUCUGCUGGAAACUGAUAAUCCAAGGACAACACUAGUGUAUGGCAUUUUUACAACAUCAAGCUCAGUUUUUAAAGGUUCAGCCGUGUGUGUGUAUCAUUUAUCUGAUAUACAGACUGUGUUUAAUGGGCCUUUUGCCCACAAAGAAGGGCCCAAUCAUCAGCUGAUUUCCUAUCAGGGGAGAAUUCCAUACCCUCGCCCUGGAACUUGCCCAGGAGGAGCAUUUACGCCCAACAUGCGAACCACCAAGGAGUUCCCUGAUGAUGUUGUCACUUUCAUUCGGAACCAUCCUCUGAUGUACAAUUCCAUCUACCCAAUCCACAGGCGGCCUUUGAUUGUCCGCAUAGGCACUGACUACAAGUAUACGAAGAUCGCUGUGGACCGAGUGAAUGCUGCGGAUGGUAGAUACCAUGUCCUGUUUCUUGGAACCGAUCGGGGGACUGUACAGAAGGUGGUGGUCCUUCCCAAUAACACCUCCACCAGUGGCGAGCUCAUUCUGGAGGAGCUGGAAGUCUUUAAGAAUCAUGUUCCCAUAACAACAAUGAAAAUCUCAUCCAAAAAGCAACAAUUGUACGUGAGCUCCAAUGAAGGGAUUUCCCAAGUGUCCUUGCAUCGCUGCCACAUCUAUGGGACAGCCUGUGCUGACUGCUGUCUGGCAAGGGACCCCUACUGUGCCUGGGAUGGCCACUCUUGCUCUAGAUUCUACCCAACUGGGAAGCGGAGGAGCCGAAGGCAAGAUGUGAGACAUGGAAAUCCACUGACUCAAUGCAGAGGAUUUAACCUAAAAGCAUAUCGAAAUGCAGCUGAAAUUGUUCAGUACGGAGUAAAAAAUAACACCACUUUUCUUGAGUGUGCCCCCAAGUCUCCACAGGCAUCUAUCAAGUGGUUGCUACAGAAAGACAAAGACAGGAGGAAAGAGGUUAAGCUGAAUGAGCGUAUUAUAGCCACUCCACAAGGACUCCUGAUCCGCUCUGUUCAAGAUUCUGACCAAGGACUGUAUCACUGCAUUGCAACAGAAAACAGCUUCAAGCAGACCAUAGCCAAAAUCAACUUCAAAGUUUUAGAUUCAGAAAUGGUGGCUGUUGUGACAGACAAGUGGUCACCGUGGACCUGGGCCAGCUCUGUGAGGGCUUUACCUUUCCACCCAAAGGACAUCAUGGGUGCAUUCAGCCACUCAGAAAUGCAGAUGAUCAAUCAGUACUGCAAAGACACUCGACAGCAACAUCAACAGGGGGAAGAAUCACAAAAAUUGAGAGGAGACUACGGCAAGUUAAAGGCUCUCAUCAAUAGCCGAAAAAGUAGAAACAGGAGAAAUCAAUUGCCAGAGUCGUAAUGUUUUCAUACGUGGGGCUUAUGCUUCUAGUAACAAAUGCUCUGUCUUCAAUGAUCAAACUUUGAGCAAAGAAUCUUGUUCUUUACCCAUGAAAAAUUCCUGAGAAAAGGUGAUUACUCACUCCUAGAGUGAGUUUUACAUGAACUGAAAUGAGCAUGCAUUUCGUGUAUGAUAUUGACUAGCAGUAGACAUGUCAUGGUCCUCAUGGUGCAUAUAAAUAUUUAACUUAACCCAGAUUUUAUUUAUAUCUUUAUUCAUCUUUUAUUCAAAAUCAAUGUGGUAGCUACAGAAGUAGAAUUGUUACAUCUCUCAAUUGAAUGAGGGUAGUAACACUGGUAUUUCUUCCCUACUUUGGGGGUUUAGAUUUCUGAUUGGCAAUGAUUUUACAUAUGAAAAUAAAUUCUAUUUCACAACUUUCACAUAGGUAAAGUCAUGUAAAUGCAUGUGACAUGACAGAAUGCCAUCGGAAGAAAUGUAAGAUAGAUAAUGUACAGGGAAGAGGGCAUCUAAGCAUUAUUUAAAAACAUGAGUGAUUCAUAAAAAGAAAAUGAUGAGUUUAUGCUUCCAGUGAAAUUACUAUUUUUUUUUAAGAUUGUAAAAUUUGUCAGUUGCUGAUACUUGUCAUUGAUCUUGGUUCUUUUGUUUCAGAAAGCUAAAGUGAAUAAUCUAUACCCUAAAGAUCUUUGAUGGAGUUAAAGCAAUGGAACAUGUAGGUUUAUAUUGUUGUCAUCUUCCAGACAAAAGUUGUUUGGAAGUUAUUUAAGUUAUUAUAGACUUAAAUAUAAUCUUACAUUAUUUAAUUGAUUACUAUUUUGGUUCUAAUUUUUUAUCUGUGUGGCAAAUUAAACAAUAUAAAAAGAAAACAUUUUGAAGUAUCAAACUUCUCCAUGGGGGGUGAAAACCAUCAAAAAGGAAAAAAAAAAUAAAGUAGAAAUUUUCAUGUUAUCAUGAAGAAUUUAUAACAAAUGUGGCUAAUUUUCAAUUUCAAUCAUCAAGUUCUAUGAUUUAUUCUCUUUUAAAAAAAAAUCUCACAUCAUACUGAUUUUUCAGUCACACCCUAUCUUUUAUAUUCAUAUGUGUGUGGUGGAGAGGUGCUCAUUAUGUCAAAAAAGGAAAAAGAGUAUAAUGUAAACAAAAUUAACAUUCUUUAAGAAGAUCCAAGAUUUCUGUCUUCAUUCAUAUUAUUUUAUUUUCAUUUCAAAUAUUCUUUUAAAUAAAUGUUAAUACAUAUAUUCAAUGGCCUUUAAAGGUAAUCGUAUAAGCUUUUAAUGAAUAAUUAUGUUCUAAUUGUAUGUUUGGAUGGUUUCAUUAGAAUAAUUUAAAAUGACUUUCUCCAAAUUAAAAAUUAGAUGGCAGAAUCAUAAGAAAUUCCUCAUGUUCUCAUAUUCCUUCAAAAAACACAGCUUUUACCUUUUCAUUUCAUUUACUUAAUUUUUUAUGUUACCAGGUAAAAGCAAGAAUCGUAACAAAUACCUACACAGAAUCUACUAUAAAAAUUAUAUUUGUAGUUAACAAUUCAUGAAGAAGCUAAUGAAGGCCAUUUUGAAUAUUGAGUAAAACUUUAAGAACUAAGAUCAGGGCUGAUGGGUAUAGCUCAGUUGUACCACAUGCUUUGCAUGAGCAGAGCCCUAGAUUCAGUCCCUAGCACCAUCACUGCCACCAAAAAAAUAUUGUUCAAAAGAGCAUGGUCAUUGAUUUAAGAAUAUCUUUAUUAAUUAAGUGUUGGUAUAUUUUGAUAUUCUAAAAGGGGGCCUCUAAGUGGCAAAAAUAAUCAUCAAAAUGUACAACAUAAAUGACAACCAACUUCAUUCAUUUUUAAAGCUAUUCUCCCAAACGUGUGUGAUUCUUAAAUAAUCUCUAAAGCAGUUUAUUAUGCAGAUGGUUUGCCUGCUGAAAAGGUUUAUAUUUAUUUUUUUCCACUCUGCACCCAAAUAGCAGCACAUGUCAAUGUAAGGUCAACACCAUCCUCUCAUCAAUGUUUUUAUGUACAGAAUUAAAGCAGAAUUGUUCUCAAAUUAUAGUUUCUCCUGCUUCACAGAGGCCCAAACUUAUACACAAUAUGGUGUUUAGUUUUAUAAUAUUAUUUGUACUAUUUAAUACCUUCUAUUGUGACCAUUACUAAAUUGUAUAUACUUUUAUUACUUUAAAAAAUAUGGAAAUUCUUCUUGAACAAAGCUCUGGCAAAUGUAAAGAAAAAUUUCUUUCUCAAAAAUAGUGUUAAUGUAUACUGAAUACUGGUGGUUGAUUGGUUUUAUAUGGUGUAGUUUGGUAAUUCAAUAAUUUAGUAUUUUUUUCAUUUGUAUUAUAUAUAAAAUUUCCUAGAAAUGCACUUUUCUGUUUUCAAAUUGUAGGUUUGUGAAUAGAUUUUAGCAUGAUGAAUCUGUCAUUACAGUGAAUGUGCAUUAUGUGUAAGAAAACAAAAUGUAGGUAUCACAUUAAAGUUUAAUUGGACAUGAAAGAAAUCAUUUGCUUGGCAAAAUAAAACACAUUGAAUUCCCCCAA